CCCACCAUCCAAACAAAGUCUAAUAUAGAGACUCGCUUAGUUGGCGUUUGGAGUCUUUGACAGAAUAAUAAUAUUUCCCACUCUCUCUCUCUCAGCUCGCAUUUCUCGUAGACAUCACAGAGUCAUACUCUCCGAUUGUUGGCAUAAUCCUCUUCAUUUCUGUAGCUUGAACUGCCAGUAUAUUGUUGAUCAGGGAUUUGGAUUGAACAAGCGUUGAAUUUUAGCAAUGAAUUUUAUUGUUGGAGCUUUCAAACCAGCAUGCCACAUUUCAGUUUCAUUCUCUGAUGGGAAAAACCGUAAGCAGAUCCCAAUUAAGAAGGAUAAUGGUCAAGCAACAACAGUUCCACUCUUUCACAGUCAAGAUAAUAUAACUGGCACGAUUACUGUUGAGCCAGUUUCAGGGAAGAAGGUGGAACACAAUGGAAUCAAAGUUGAGCUUCUUGGUCAGAUAGAAAUGUAUUUCGACAAAGGAAACUUCUAUGACUUUACAUCUUUGGUUCGUGAGCUGGAUGUUCCGGGAGAAAUAUAUGAAAGGAAAACUUUUCAAUUUGAAUUUUCAACCGUGGAAAUGCCAUAUGAGACAUACAAUGGGGUAAAUGUGCGGCUUAGGUAUGUCCUAAAAGUAACAAUAAGCCGGGGUUAUGGUGGAAGCAUUACACACUUUCAAGACUUUGUGGUCUGGAAUUAUACCCCUCCUCCAUCAAUCAACAACAGCAUCAAGAUGGAAGUUGGAAUUGAGGACUGCCUUCAUAUCGAGUUCGAGUACAAUAAGAGCAAGUAUCAUCUGAAAGAUGUUAUUAUAGGAAAAAUAUACUUUCUUCUCGUAAGAAUCAAAAUAAAAAAUAUGGAUCUGGAGAUUAGGCGACGCGAAUCAACAGGGUCAGGGUCCAACACCCAUGUUGAGACCGAGACUCUUGCAAAGUUUGAACUGAUGGAUGGUGCUCCUGUCAGAGGUGAAUCAAUUCCAAUUAGAUUGUUCCUCAGCCCAUAUGAGCUGACUCCUACUUGUCGGAACAUCAACAACAAAUUUAGCGUAAAGUACUACUUAAACCUUGUACUUGUUGAUGAAGAGGACCGUCGGUAUUUCAAGCAACAGGAGAUCACAAUAUACCGCAUUGGAGAAACAUAGUGAUUUAAGUUAAUCAGGUAUUGAGGUUGAAUUACUUCCACCCCCAGGGUCUCUUGAUUUGAAACGUUUGACACAAAAGUAAGAACUGUGUCUUGUUGUUGUACACCCUUCUAUUAUACAUAACACAUACAUACUGUACAAAGGGAAAAGUAUGUGUCCUGGCUGUCCAGAUUUAUAUUUUUGGCAAGUUUGAUACAAUUAGGUAACAUGUUUGACAGUAAACAGGCUCUUGUACUCCCCUGGAUCGGUUGAAUCUUGUGUCAUUUUCAUGUUUAAUUCUUGUGUGUGGUUUGAUCUGAAUAAUAACUUCAUAUUUGGGUA